GGCGCACUUGGCUUCUCACUUUUUUUUUUUUUUUUUUUUUUUUUUAAUCCCCGCACCAAGCGCUUAACCUCAUUGGGGUGGAGAAGGCGGUGGCUGUCCGGUCCGCAGCCGCAACAGUAGUGAAUAAUAGAGCUAAUGGACUGCUGAAUUAUGAAGUAUUUCAGACUCAGUUGUAGAUCAUCACUCCACCACUCUAUCCUUUAUCGCCUACUAGUUAUUUAAAUUGGACUUUUAAUAUCCUACCAGCUGCUCUUCAGACACACAUGGUGCAUUGCUGCCAUUCCCGGGAUUGCAUCUUUGAAACACACUCUCUUAGUAGCCUUCAGCAAACAAAGAGGCCACCUCCCGGUACGGCUGGCUACCGGGAGGGAGUCAUCCUGACAACCCUCUAGCCCCGGCCGGAUCUGGAUUUGAAUCCUACCAUGGAACCUCGAAUGGAGUCCUGUCUGGCCCAGGUACUGCAGAAGGAUGUGGGGAAACGGCUGCAGGUUGGCCAGGAACUCAUAGACUACUUCUCAGACAAGCAGAAGUCUGCAGACCUUGAGCAUGACCAGACCAUGUUAGAUAAGCUUGUGGAUGGACUCGCUACCUCUUGGGUGAACUCUAGCAAUUACAAGGUGGUUCUCCUGGGCAUGGACAUCCUGUCGGCACUGGUGACAAGGCUGCAGGACCGAUUCAAGGCGCAGAUCGGUACAGUGUUGCCAAGUCUAAUAGACAGACUGGGAGAUGCUAAAGACUCCGUGAGGGAGCAAGACCAAACCCUGCUGCUAAAGAUCAUGGAUCAAGCUGCUAACCCCCAGUAUGUGUGGGACAGAAUGCUUGGAGGCUUCAAACACAAGAACUUCCGCACGAGAGAGGGCAUCUGCCUCUGCCUUAUUGCAACACUCAAUGCCUCUGGGGCACAGACUCUAACACUAAGCAAGAUCGUGCCACAUAUAUGUAACUUACUGGGAGAUCCCAAUAGCCAGGUUCGUGACGCAGCAAUAAACAGUCUGGUGGAGAUCUAUAGACACGUAGGUGAGCGUGUGAGGGCGGACCUCAGUAAGAAAGGACUGCCACAGUCCCGGUUGAAUGUCAUUUUUACAAAAUUUGAUGAAGUCCAAAAGUCUGGAAAUAUGAUACAGUCUGCAAAUGAUAAAAACUUUGAUGAUGAGGAUUCUGUGGAUGGGAACAGGCCUUCUUCCGCCAGCUCUUCAUCGUCCAAGGCGCCAUCGAGUUCCCGGAGGAAUGUUAGCAUGGGGACCACCCGUAGGCUUGUGUCGUCCAGUCUUGGAUCUAAGUCUUCAGCUGCAAAAGAAGGUGCUGGUGCUGUGGAUGAAGAGGAUUUUAUUAAAGCCUUUGAUGAUGUACCUGUAGUGCAGAUUUAUUCCAGCCGAGACCUCGAGGAAUCCAUAAACAAAAUUAGAGAAAUCCUAUCAGAUGACAAGCAUGACUGGGAGCAGAGAGUAAAUGCUCUAAAAAAGAUUAGAUCAUUACUCUUGGCUGGGGCUGCUGAGUAUGAUAACUUCUUUCAACACUUGCGUCUUCUGGAUGGAGCCUUUAAACUUUCUGCUAAGGACCUGCGGUCUCAGGUAGUGCGGGAAGCUUGUAUCACAUUGGGGCAUCUAUCAUCGGUUCUGGGAAAUAAGUUUGAUCAUGGAGCUGAAGCCAUUAUGCCAACUAUCUUUAAUUUAAUCCCAAAUAGUGCCAAAAUUAUGGCUACUUCUGGUGUUGUAGCUGUUAGAUUAAUCAUUCGGCACACUCACAUCCCUCGGCUAAUCCCUGUCAUAACAAGCAACUGUACCUCUAAGUCUGUGGCAGUUAGAAGGCGCUGUUUUGAAUUUCUAGAUUUGCUUUUACAAGAAUGGCAGACACAUUCACUAGAAAGACACAUAUCAGUAUUAGCUGAAACAAUAAAGAAAGGAAUACAUGAUGCCGAUUCUGAAGCAAGAAUAGAAGCCAGGAAAUGCUACUGGGGUUUCCACAGUCACUUCAGCCGAGAAGCAGAGCACUUGUACCACACUCUGGAGUCUUCCUACCAGAAGGCCCUGCAGUCCCACUUGAAGAACUCGGACAGCAUCGUGUCUCUGCCCCAAUCAGACCGGUCCUCUUCCAGCUCUCAAGAGAGUCUCAACCGGCCACUUUCUGCCAAAAGAAGUCCCACUGGCAGCACCGCAUCCAGAGGCUCUACAGUUAGUACCAAAUCUGUAUCGACGACAGGAUCCCUCCAGCGGUCUCGAAGUGAUAUUGACGUGAACGCCGCAGCCAGUGCCAAAUCCAAAGUCUCCUCAUCCUCAGGAUCCACCGCCUUCAGUUCUGCAGCAGCAUUGCCUCCAGGGUCCUAUGCAUCCUUAGACGGUACUUCCACUAAAGCGGAGGGUCGGAUCCGCACGAGACGGCAAAGCUCGGGGAGUGCCACCAAUGUUGCCUCCACACCCUCGGAUAGUCGAGGCCGCAGUCGCGCCAAAGUGGUUUCACAGUCUCAGCGAUCCAGAUCUGCUAACCCUGCUGGUGCUGGCAGCCGGUCAAGUUCCCCUGGGAAGCUGUUGGGAAGUGGCUAUGGUGGACUUGCUGGGGGUUCCUCAAGAGGCCCACCUGUAACGCCGUCUUCAGAAAAACGAAGCAAGAUUCCCAGGAGUCAGGGAUGUAGCCGAGAAACAAGUCCUAACAGGAUUGGAUUAGCACGGAGCAGCCGUAUCCCUCGACCCAGCAUGAGUCAGGGGUGCAGCCGCGAUACCAGCCGUGAGAGCAGCCGCGAUACAAGCCCUGCUCGGGGCUUCACUCCACUCGCCUCUCGACGUCAUUCCAGGUCCACUAGUGCUCUCUCCACUGCUGAUUCUGUUGGGCAGUCAGAUCGGUUUGGGCUGGGCCAGUCAGGAAGAAUCCCAGGUUCCGUGAACGCCAUGCGAGUCUUGAGCACCAGCACAGACCUGGAAGCUGCAGUGGCCGACGCUCUGCUGUUAGGAGACGCCAGGAGCAAGAAGAAGCCUGUGAGGAGGAGGUACGAGCCCUACGGAAUGUACUCUGAUGAUGAUGCCAACAGUGACGCCUCCAGCGUGUGCUCUGAGCGCUCGUACGGCUCCAGGAAUGGUGGCAUUCCUCACUAUCUGCGGCAGACCGAGGACGUAGCCGAAGUUCUCAACCACUGUGCUAGUUCCAACUGGUCAGAAAGGAAAGAAGGGCUCCUGGGCCUACAGAACUUACUGAAGAGCCAAAGAACACUGAGCCGAGUAGAAUUGAAGAGACUGUGUGAGAUUUUCACCCGAAUGUUUGCCGACCCUCACAGCAAGAGAGUGUUCAGUAUGUUUUUGGAGACCCUCGUGGAUUUUAUAAUCAUUCAUAAGGAUGACCUGCAAGACUGGCUCUUCGUCCUUCUCACACAACUGCUUAAGAAAAUGGGAGCAGACUUGCUUGGAUCUGUGCAAGCGAAAGUUCAGAAGGCGCUAGAUGUCACUAGGGAUUCCUUCCCAUUUGAUCAACAAUUUAACAUUCUCAUGAGAUUCAUUGUGGAUCAGACUCAAACUCCAAACCUCAAGGUCAAAGUUGCAAUCCUGAAAUACAUCGAAUCUCUGGCUAGACAGAUGGACCCUACAGAUUUUGUAAACUCCAGCGAAACAAGACUUGCUGUUUCUAGAAUCAUAACAUGGACUACAGAACCAAAGAGUUCAGACGUGAGAAAGGCAGCACAGAUUGUGCUCAUCUCUCUGUUUGAAUUGAAUACUCCUGAAUUUACCAUGUUACUUGGUGCCUUGCCAAAAACAUUCCAGGAUGGUGCCACCAAACUCCUGCAUAACCACCUCAAGAACUCCAGUAACACCGGAGUGGGAUCUCCAAGCAAUACAAUUGGCCGGACACCUUCCCGACACCCCAGCAGCAGGACCAGCCCCCUGACCUCACCUACCAAUUGUUCCCAUGGGGGACUAUCUCCAAGUCGGUUGUGGGGUUGGAGUGCCGAUGGGCUAUCGAAGCCCCCACCUCCCUUUUCUCAGCCUAACUCCAUUCCCACCGCUCCCUCCCACAAGACUCUCAGGCGCUCUUACUCUCCCAGCAUGCUGGACUAUGAUACAGAGAAUCUGAACUCUGAAGAAAUCUACAGCUCUUUGCGUGGAGUUACAGAAGCCAUCGAAAAGUUCAGCUUCCGAAGCCAGGAGGAUCUAAAUGAGCCCAUUAAGCGAGAUGGCAAGAAGGACAGUGAUCUCGUAUCCCGAGAUGGGGGAGCAGCCUCACCUGCCACCGAGGGCCGGGGAGGCGGUGAGGUGGAAGGAGGCAGGAUGGCUUUGGACAACAAGACCUCCCUGCUCAACACGCAGCCUCCACGUGCCUUUCCGGGGCCAAGAGCACGGGAAUACAACCCAUAUCCCUACUCGGACACCAUCAACACCUAUGACAAGACAGCUCUGAAGGAGGCGGUGUUUGACGACGACAUGGAGCAGCUCCGAGAUGUGCCCAUUGACCACUCAGACCUGGUGGCCGACUUGCUGAAAGAGCUGUCUAACCACAACGAGCGUGUGGAGGAGCGGAAGGGAGCACUACUGGAGCUGCUCAAGAUCACCAGGGAAGACAGCCUGGGCGUGUGGGAGGAGCACUUCAAGACCAUCCUGUUGCUGCUGCUGGAAACUCUUGGAGACAAAGAUCAUUCCAUUCGCGCUCUGGCACUGAGAGUUUUACGGGAGAUUCUGAGAAACCAGCCAGCAAGAUUCAAAAACUAUGCAGAACUGACGAUCAUGAAGACUCUGGAGGCCCACAAAGACUCCCACAAGGAGGUGGUAAGAGCGGCUGAGGAAGCUGCGUCCACACUAGCCAGCUCAAUCCACCCAGAGCAGUGCAUCAAAGUGCUGUGUCCAAUCAUCCAGACAGCUGACUACCCCAUCAACCUGGCCGCCAUCAAGAUGCAGACAAAAGUGGUGGAGAGGAUCACCAAGGAGUCUUUGCUGCAACUCCUUGUGGACAUCAUCCCAGGCCUGCUGCAGGGUUACGACAACACGGAGAGCAGUGUACGGAAGGCCAGCGUGUUUUGUUUAGUGGCAAUCUAUUCCGUAAUUGGAGAAGAUCUGAAACCUCACCUCGCACAGCUCACGGGGAGCAAGAUGAAGCUGCUGAACUUAUAUAUAAAGAGGGCCCAGACCACCAACAGCAACAGCAGCUCCUCCUCUGAUGUGUCCACACACAGCUAGUGGCCGUGCCAGUCUGUGCAGAACACACAUUGGUGGUGCCUCUCAGGAGCCCCAUCAGCUGCCCAGUCAUUCAAGGAGGCCUCACAUAAUUUAUUACAAUCAGUAUUUUGGUCCCUUCCAGCUUUUGUGUAGAAUUUUGCUGAUAUUGAAUGUAACGGAAGCAAGGCCUGUUAUGCAGUCUCCCUAAAACAAACGGACUGAGAAAUGAAGAGCCAUACUUACACGUGUCUUGCACCACCUGCUGACAUCACCAAACCAUGGAGGGCACCGUUCUUCGGAACUAGAGCUCUCCAGCCAGUGCUCCGUACACAGUAGCCGAGUUUUCAGUCCAUACAGACUUGGGGGUGGGGGGUGGUUUGGGGUAUUGCUGUGUGUUCUUUAUGCUUAUGUUCUUAGAGUGUGCUCAGAUGGGACAAGACCCCCACCUGGUUUCCAUCUGACGCCGAGAAAGGCUGUGUGUGUCUUUAGGUUGAGUCUUAGAGAUCUUGUCAAAGUGGGACUGUAGUCUGGGCAAGAAAAAGACAACAACCUGGAGCUGGCCUCAUGGCAAACACAAGGGCAAGCAGGAGCAAACUUCCCUGCCUUUGGGAAUAGAAUCAGUAAUGCCACCAAAGUUUUCAUGGUUGCAUUAAAUAAAGGGUGACUGCAGAAUGCCAAGAUUGGAACCAGACUUGCAUUGCGUUUCCAGGAAAUCCUUGGCCUUACCUCUUGAAGGUCUUGAUAAAGCAGCUGAGGUAGAGUCUGGCUAAAUAUAUUUUGAAUACAAUUCUUAAGCCAAAUGACAAUUCUUAAUGCAAUCAUGCAAACUUUCCUAGGCUGGCCUUGGACUUGGUGUCCUCCUGCCUCAGCCUCCCAAGUGCUAGGGUUAUAGAGAUGGGUCACAUGCCCGUCAAAGACUCUUUGGGGUGUUAAUUUUCUCAAAGCAUGCAUUUUUCCAAUGCGGAGCCCACUACCAGAGCUGAAAGCAGAGAUUGGGCACAUGAAUUCUCAAUGGUCUGUUUCUCUGACCCCCAAAUGAUAGAGUCAGACAUGGUGGCACAGGCCUUUAAUCCCAGCACUCAGGAGGCAGAGGCAGGCGGAUCUCUGUGAGUUCGAGAACAGCCAGGGCUAUAUAGUGAGACCUUGUCUCAAAAAAAACAA